UAUAUGGGUACCCUGCGGAUAGAUUGCCAUCAAGUAAUUAAGGCAUCGAGCAAGCGAGAGAGAGACGAAUGGCGGCUGAAGCACCAAAGGAGCUACUCAGCAAACUUUCGGGCCUGGAAGAUGGGGUGCUCGGUAGGUAUUGGAAGAAAAGAGAUUCUUCCUGCAUCGACCACUUGGUGCUGUACCCAAGGGCGUUAGAAAUUGCAGGAGGAGAUGAUCCGACAAUCUGGCGUUGGUUUUGGUCAGGAAUUCGCUUGCCUUUUGACGUGGAAUUUGCCGAGCUAAAGGUUGGUACGUAUCAGCUAGGGGUGAAGGGAAUGCUCAGGAUGGACCAAUUCACUCCGGGGAGAAACUACAAUAUCACGUUUUGGUUGAGGAUGAAGGAUCCGGCUGGGUUUCAGCCCGUGGUGACCGUGACGCUUGAGCUGCCUCACAGCCAGCCCAUUGUGAAUCACGUCCCUCUGAUUCCCGGACCAGGGGGCUGGGUAAAGCUGAAUGCUGGAGGGUUUCCGGCUGGUGGUGAUGGGGAGAUCAAGUUCAGUUUAACUAACGACGAUGGCAUCGACUGGAAGAAGGGGCUCACCGUCGCAGCGGUCUUUGCCUCUAUUGCUUGAAGCUGUUUGAUUGUUGACCAGCAAUUGUAUGCUGUUGCACGUGCUUUGGUGUUGUUAUGGCAGUGAAAUAAAGAGAAGGAUGAGUCAUCUUUCUGGCAAGAUGACACAUAUAUAUAUAUACUUUGUUGUCCUUCUCAUACUCGUUGCAAUAUUUUCCAGCAGUUAAUUUUCAUCAAAUAAAAUAUGUUCUAAAUUAA